GGCUCGGGCGGAAGCAGGAAGCGGCGGAGCAGGACCACGCGCGGGGCGGUGUUUGUUGUGGGGCCAUGGCGGAGAAGUUCGACCACCUCGAGGAGCACCUGGAGAAGUUCGUGGAGAACAUCCGGCAGCUCGGCAUCAUCGUCAGCGACUUCCAGCCCAGCAGCCAGGCCGGGCUCAACCAGAAGCUGAAUUUUAUCGUUACUGGCUUACAGGAUAUUGAUAAGUGCAGGCAGCAGCUUCAUGACAUUACUGUGCCUUUAGAAGUUUUUGAGUAAGUAUCAUUCUUGAUUUUCAUUUGAGUAGAAUUCUUGUUUAAUGAUGCUAUAAUGACUCCUUCAGCUACUGGCAUUUAGCAAUUUAUAGGUGCUGGGGAUAAGCCAGUGAAGAUAGACGAAAAUUACUUGCUUUCAGGGAGCCUGUGUUUUAAUGGGAUUAAAAACUCAAAAAAAAAAAAAAAUCUACAUAUUGAAAAAGAGUUAACAUGUGAGUAAAGGUUUAUUAAAUAUGUGAAAAACACCAUAGGCUCU